AUGCUGGAUAUGAAUAUCCAGAAGCCCCCCAAGGGGAAAUGGCACACGCCGCCCUUCGACCCUCGCUUCCCCAACCAGAACCAGACCCGUAACUGCUACCAGAACUUCCUGGACUACCACCGCUGUCUCAAGACCAUGAACCGGCGCGGGAAGAGCACGCAGCCCUGCGAGUACUUUUUCCGCGUGUAUCACUCGCUGUGCCCCAUCAGCUGGGUUCAGCGCUGGAAUCAGCAGAUCCAAGACGGUACUUUCGCGGGCAAAAUCUGA